UGAAAACACUGGAAGUUCGCUCUAAAAUGCCCGCGUUUUUUGAAAUCGAAUGUAUGUUUGUCCAUAACCUAGACAACAAAUCACAUGCGAAUGUUAUUAAAGCCCAUGCUGCUCACGUGUUGAUACUUAUUUAAAUAUAAUUCAGUUUAACAAAGAGGUUUUAUAAGUUUCAAAAAUGUCGAAAUCGAGAAAAAGUUUAUCCACACCUUGGGUUUUAUGUGAAAAAUGUCAAUCAACGAUAUCACAAAAAGACACGAGUUCACAUGAAUCCGAAUGUCCUCCGCCUGAUGAUAACUGGGGUCAUAGUUACAUAAAAAACUCUGUUCUUUAUAGUGCUGUUGAUACUUAUUGUUCAAAAGAACCUCCAAAAAAUCUUACAGAACGAGAUUUACAUGAUCUCGUUUUUAUGUCUCAUUCUGCAUUCGAAUUGUGUCAGAUUGCAAUCGGCAGCCAAGUAAUUUUAACUUUCAAAACUGAUGAAAUAGUUAAAACUGCCUGGCCCACUAGUGAAAAAAGCAUAACUAGUGUAUGUUUAACACAAAAAGCAAUGAAGAUAUCUCAAGUGAGUGGUCCAGUAAAAGUAAAAAAAUUACACCAACCGCUGCUCGCUAAAGAAAUAGCAAUCGAAUACAUAAAAAAAGAAUCGAGACCUAAACUAACACCCGAGUUGCAAGUAAUGCUGAGAAAUUUUAAUGGCAGAAAAGUUUUUUGUGUUGGGAAUCGUAUACACAUUCCAUACUACGGUAAAAAUUUACUAUUUAAAAUAGUCAACAUAAUUCAAGAUCGCGAUGAAAACUCAGAAUUAAACGACUCCAGCAGCGAUCUCGCUAAUAAACUAGACAAUAUGAGUAUAGAAGAAUCUGGAUCAAAAUUUUUCCUGGCUGAAUUUACUACAAAAUGGACAGUUGUCAAUGAGAGUGAUAGUGAUCUAGCGGUAAAAGAAAAUAGUAAAAUAACGUCGGCAGACAUCGGAGGUUAUCACAAACUUCUAGAUAAAUUGCGUGAUAUUUUCAAUCUCGUAUUGAAUGGUAAGAAAGCUUUAAAAAGCAUUAGAGGAAAUAAAGGAAUUUUAUUGUGUGGUGCAGCCGGUGUCGGAAAAUCAACGAUAGCCAAUGCCAUAUUGUCUGAAUAUCACGUCAAUAUAUUUUUAUUAAACUCUCGGGAUAUACAUAGCAAAUAUUCAAAUGAGGGAAGUCAAAAAUUAGUGGAUUUAUUUACAAAAGCAAAAGCUCAAGCUCCAAGUGUGAUAUUUAUUGAAGACAUUGAUACCUUGUGUCCUAAAAAAGGUUCAUCUGAAGCAGAAAAGGCUUUGCUAGAAACGUUGAUACAAGAAAUUGAUUAUUUGCAAGAAUCAAAUCUGAGUACUUUGUUGCUGACGACAAGUUCGAAACUUGAUUCUAUUGAUAGUUUAUUGAGACGCGAUGACAGACUUGGCUAUGAAAUAGAAAUUCCUACACCUACUCCGCACAUGCGCUGUGAGAUAUUGAAAAAACUAUUGUCGAAAAUUCCCAACAAUGUGACUGAUGAUGAGUUGAAUGAAAUAGGAUUUGUAACUCAUGGUUUUGUUGCUACUAAUUUGCGUACGAUCUGUUCCCGAGCUGCGUUCUCCGCUAACAAGCGGCAUAAAGUUUCCAAUAUUGACUCAGAUGGAACUAUCAGCGCUAGUGAUUUAUAUGUCGCGUUGACUGACGUUAAACCAUCGGCGAUGAAAGACAUUUUUGUUCAAGUGCCGAAUGUCAAAUGGUCUGACAUCGGUGGUCAAGAAUCAUUGAAAAAGGAGUUACGACAAGCUGUUGAGUUGCCUCUGAAGCAUCCGGAAGCAUUUUUACGAUCAAACAUCAAGCCUUCAAAAGGUGUUUUGAUGUAUGGUCCACCGGGUUGUUCGAAGACGAUGAUCGCUAAAGCUUUGGCGACUGAGAGCAAACUUAAUUUUAUCAACAUCAAGGGUCCAGAAUUAUUUUCAAAGUGGGUCGGCGAAUCCGAGAGAUCAGUACGGGAAGUAUUUCGUAGAGCGAGACAAGUUGCGCCAUCAAUUGUGUUUAUUGACGAAAUCGAUGCUAUGGGUGGUGGAAGAUCCAGCGAUAACGGCGGCAACGAUGUACAAGAACGAGUCUUAACACAAUUAUUAACGGAACUUGAUGGUGUUAUUGAAUUAGAAAAUGUUUUACUUCUCGCUGCUACCAACAGACCUGAUCGUUUAGAUGAGGCACUCUUAAGACCAGGAAGAUUUGAUAAAACUAUUAAAGUGCCAUUGCCGGAUAGUCAAACUCGUGAAGAAAUAUUUAAAAUAAAAUUUAAAAAAAUGCCUAUAGAUGAAAAUGUCGUGAUUAACGAUCUCGUAGAACGUACUGAGGGUUAUUCCGGUGCUGAAAUCCAAGCUGUAUGUCAGGAAGCUGUAAUGAGUGCGAUAGAUGAAAAUUUAGAUUAUGAAACAAUAACAAAAGACCAUUUUGAAUAUGGAUUGAAAAAAGUUAAACCACGUACUGUUGCAAAACUUCUCAAGCUGUACGAUGAUUUUGAAAAUAACAAAUAAUUAAUAAUUAUAAUAAAUCAAUUUUAUGUAACGCGUACCCGAAGAAUACGCCGCUGAUUGGCUAAAGUCAGUCUGAUAAAAUUUUAUAUUACAAUACAAUCUUUUCUUGUUGGUCCAAAUUGUCAAAUAGUCCAAACUCCCUAUACUGCACAUGCGCACUUAUUUAAUCAGCGCACGCAUGUAUAGAUCAAUGCAGCGCCAGCUUAUAACCUUACAUAUAUUAAUUCAUACGCCACAACAUAAGUUGACGUUUUUUUAUCGAGUCAAGUAUUGUUGAGUGAAUGCUAUUAAACAAAUGUUCCAAUUCCAUUUGGUAUUAAUAUCUUUUAUUAAUAAUUAAGUUAAGUACUUUUCUAACUGCGACUCCAUGACACUGACUUGAGAGACAUCUCAUGGCGUUUUUCUUCGUGCAUUUAUUAAGACGCGUUUUCAUUUGUUUCUCUAUUCGCACUCAAGUGGAUAAACGUUACUAUCUUUGUUGCACUUGUACAGUAAAUGGAAACUUUGUCCAAGCUUUUCUCGUAAACAAAUGGAAGUUGUCAAAAAAUUGAAGUGCACUUCGCUAGUUCAUAGAGUAAAGCAUCGGGUCUGUGUCUUUAUUUAGCGUUUAGGGUUUUCAUCUCAGAGAAAAGCUUGGACAAAAUUAUCUGAAAACGGUUCUUAAAUAAACUAUUGUAUAGAUCGAGUGACAUUGAGUAUUAUAUUGACUUAAAUUACGGCAAUUUCCUGUAAUUUGCAGAAUUUCACCUGAAUACGAUGCAGUCCUUGGCAGAUUCAAAUUACGUUAGGUUAUCGCACUUUUGGUGCAAUUUUACAUAAAAUAUGGCAUUCUCACGGCCACACUUAACGGUAAUUUACAGAAAUAUGCGGCAGUUUACCAUAAUUUGCGGUAUUUUUACCGUGAUCGCCGUAUGCUUUUUUAUUUUUAUAGUGCAAUACUUUAAUAUAUGGGAAAUGCCGCGGACCUUGCCGCAAUGUUACGGUAAAAAUA